UUGUAUUAAAUCAUCAUCAUAAAGCAUUUAGCUCAUAUUAAAGCAAACCUACAGUUUUAUUUUGGGAAAAAAGACUACAGAGGACAAGCGGUUUGGAGAAUGGAUGGAUGGAUGAACAGAGCAAGUAUACUGAAUAGUUAUUGUAUGGCGUCAUCUGGCGGAUAAAUUGGUACUGAAAGCACGAAAAAAAAAACAAAAAAAAAAACAAAAGCAAACAAUAGCCGCCCACUCUCCUUUCAUUCGUCCAUUCAAGUGUCAAUCCACACGCCGGAACUACGGUAACAGGACCCUCUGUCUGUGGCGCAAAAAUGGAGGAUAACAUUAAGGAUCUCAGUCGACCUCAGAUGUAUUUAUUUGGUUGCUCAUUGAAAGCUGAUAAGAAAGAGCACAAAGUUGAGUUGGAUGAUGAUGAGGCUGAACAUCAGCUGUCACUCAAGGCGGUGUGUUUGGGUGCUGAGGCGGAGGAUAAAUUCCACACCGUGGAAAUGGAGGGAUUGACUUACGAUGGCAAAACGACCAAAAUCACUCUUGCUGUACUGAAGCCAUCCGUUCUGCCUUCUCUAAGUCUGGGAGGUUUUGAGGUCACGCCUCCUGUGUCCUUUCGCCUGCAAUCCGGAGCGGGGCCGGUCUACAUCAGCGGUCAGCAUUUUGUCAGUGUGAAGGAAUCGGAUGAUGAGGAAGAGGAGGAGAAUAAUACAUCACCAGUGAAGAGACCGUCCAACAUGACCCUUGCAAAAGUGCCUCAGAAAAAGCUGAAAAUGGACACCGAUGAAGAUGAGGAUAGUGAUGAAGAUGAUGAUGACGACGACGACGACGAUGAUGAUAAUGACGAAGAAGACAACGACAAAGAGGAAAAGACUGUUGAAAAGAGCCCCAUCAAAACCCCUCAAAAAACCCCAGAGAAGAAGAAAAGUGCAGAUAAGCAGAACGGCUCUCCAGACAAGAAAGCAGGGACAUCAGGGAAGCCCCAAACGCAGACACCACAGAAAGUAAAAGACAAAUCCGCAGCAGGGCCUUCUGGGAAGACUCCCAGCACUCCCAACCUGAGUGAGGUCAAAAGCAAACUUGCAUCAGCAGCUAAAGAGGGGAGGUCACUUCCAAAGACGGAACAGAAGUUUGAGAACUACGCUAGAAGUGCUUUCAAGAUCUCCGAUAAACAAGUGAUCAAAGACCUUUGGAACUUUUUACAGUCACUAAAAAAGUAAUGGCUGCUCUGCGCUCCCCUUCCCGUCCCGGUGCAGCAGAAGUCUGGGGUGAGCCAGUAACAGCACUUCAGCUGUACGAUCUGGCCUCUUCCUGUCUUAACGUGAUCCGCCUGCUCUUCUCUCACUUUAAAGAUGGAUAGAGCAGAAGGAGACUCAGCAAUGGCAGAGAUAUCAUGCUUCAUGUUUUUAUAUAUAUUUCUUUUAAUUAUGGAUUUUUUUGUCAAGUCCACAGUGGUUUCUUAAAAGAACAUUUAAUGGGAUGUUUUGCUAAGACAGUUAUAAUUUUAAAAGAGAACUAAGGGUGAAUCUCACUAAAUCUUAUCAAGAUCUUAUCAUAUUUUACCUAAAAAUUCAAAAGAAAUUAUAUUUUGCGUGAAGAAAAUUAAGCCUAUUUUGGACUAAACAAAUGUUUUGCAUUAUGACUUUUUUUCAUAAGAAUUAAGCACAUCUCCCCCAAUUCUCAUUAACAUAAUGCAAAA